AUGGGUAUACCACUUUGGGAAUCGCCGCCAGACGCUAAGACGCUGGACAAGGCAUCAGCAACCAACCGCUGCGACAUCCAUACCUCGACCCACACCUCCUCCGGAACCUCCACACGGAUACCAUCCGCUCCCGGCCCUUCAACGUCCACUGGAAGAGGCACAGGGUCCCUUGCCUACGAUUACAUUUACUCUGGCUCCCGUCCUAUCCGUCGUCAGAUACUCGAUUCCUCCGAUACCAUUGAAAUUGAAGACCUCCAGAAUGAGCGCGAACACGAGAAUCAGAUCCGUGAACGAGAAAGAGAGAGAGACCUCUCUGCUCGGAUGGAGCGUAGUCGUCGAGAGCGUGGAGAACGACGAUCAGCUCACAUGGAACGGUUCUUGAAUGCGAACUAUCAUACUCCACCGCUCCCAACCACCUCAACAACUUCACAACGGUCGAGACCUCAGAUGAUCCAACCUGCUUCCGACCAACUGCUCACAUUGAGCGAAUUCUUACGAGAGACAUCACCUCCCCAACCUAGGAAUAACAGUACGGCACAGAAUCCAUCCAGCGAAUUAUCUGCUUUGCAGCAACUUCUAGGUCUUCGAGCGCCAACCUCCAAUAGAGGCACCGGCGAACGCCGUGACAUUCAGGCUUGGGAGCGAGCACUUAGUGCUGCUGGCAUCCCACCAAACCUGACACCGGCUACUACCGCCGUAUCAACCUCCAAUGCAGCAGCAACCAUCAGCAACCCCCCACCGGUACCGCGAAGGUCGGCCAGCAUCUCGACAGAAUGGCCACCUACCUCCCCGGCAAGGUCUAGCUCACCGGGCGCCCGAAACCAGGACUCGUUCCAAACUCUCGUAAAUCAAAUCCGUCGUAUUGGUGCUCUACAGGAUUACAUGCUUAAUAGCGUUGACGAAACCGCUGCGAGUCUCGAGGAAUCCCUUUCCCUGCACAGCCAGGCACUAAAUCAAGCACUAAAUACGCAGUCCUCCGCGCCUACUGCCGAUACUUCUACAUCUGCAGCCUCCCCCACAGUUCUUCCCGACCUUAACUCCCAAAACUACCAUACAUCUCUCCGCAUUCGCGAAGCUCGCAUUCGCACAAUGCAAUCUCGAAUUGACCUCCUUGCCUCCGAAUUCGCUUUACUUCGGUCGACUAGACGGGAAUUACGUAGAGCCGAAAACGAGGCCAUCAACAUGUUCCAAACAGCUGGUGUUCUUCCAACUUCGAGCACUCCAGCGCCAGUUGCCCUCUCCACUGCCACAGCUGCCGCGGUUGCAGCACUAGAAAUCCCAACAACCACAUCGCCGCCACCGAUCUCUUCACAUCCAAAUCCUUCAGAUUCUAUACGAACAGAGGUCGAUGAAGUCGACGAGGCACUCGACGCCGAAGGCAACAGCAGCAGAAGGGUCCUUAGGAGCACCUUUCUCCCAGCAGACCUAGGCGACGAAGCGUUGUUCCGACAUUUUGAAAAUGCCGAAAAUAGAGCAAGAGUCCGAGAGAGGUUAGCAGGUGUCAGAAGAGAGCUGGAGGCGGAACAGGCACGGAGCACAGAAAUAAUUCAAGAACAGAGGCGGAGGAUGGCGGAAGCAUUAGCUGGGACCGGGGUCAUGAUUAAUGGAGAGGUGGAAAGAGGUGGUGACGAUGAUGGAGUCUGA